AUGGAGGAGAUACAUCGUCAUGAGGGAAUCUCUGGAGCACAAAGAGGGGACGUUUGUAAACUCAUGGAGGAUGCUAUUGAGAAUGGCCACAGACCUUCCCUGGCUGACAGACGACAAAUGAUUAGAAUCCUUGCUGAUGAAAUGAGAAAACAUGAAGAAAACCCAAACAGAUCACAGUGUCUUACUGUUACUCGCCAAAUAGUCGGACAGUAUACAAAAACGUUUGCCGACAUGGUAGGUGACAGGCAGAUUGGGGGUGGACAUGCAUCUCUUCUGACACAACUGAAAGUACGUAUAGAGCAUCUGAAUCGAAAAAGUACACUCAGUCAUCAUAGGACCCAAAGGAGUGAAACUGGAACUACUAAAAAACGAAGUUCCACUGAUUCAUAUGGCUGUACAAGUUGGCAGCCUACUCUUCCACCUGGUGAAAGUUACGAAAGUCUUGAAGUUAAGCGUCAAAAGAUGGAGGAGAUACAUCGUCAUGAGGGAAUCUCUGGAGCACAAAGAGGGGACGUUUGUAAACUCAUGGAGGAGACCUAUUGCCUCCAGCGUCAGAUGAUCAAUGAAAUCCCAUCCCCUACAACUGCAGAUUUAAGAACCAAAAGGCCGUAUCUCUUCACACAAAGGCAUAUAUAUGGCAAUUUUGAGAUGCUUACUGACAAAAAAGUGCACAAACUUUUGGAAUUGUCUAUUCAGGAGGGUGGACCAAAAAUUUUCCAGUUUUUUAAAGACAAACCAACUAAUGAGGAAGUUCGGAAUACACUCUCCAGUGGUGAAAAUGAUGUUGCUGCUAUGGUCCUACAACUACUACUUGCACACUUCAAAGAGAAAUUAGAUGGUCUUAUCCUUCAGACAGAUGAAUUUGCAACACCUUCAGAUGUCCAGCAAUCUGUACCUUUGCCAGAGAGUUCACGCCUUAUAAUUCUUGGAGAGGACCAUCCUGCCGCAGCACAAACAUCUUCCAUCGAAGACCCUUUAAAGAAGGCCUGA